UUUUGAGGCCGGGCCGGGCGGCGGGGCCGCACUCCGGCGGCGGCCCCGGCGGAGCGACGGGAGGGGAGCAGGAGCUGCCGCGGGGUUAUGCGCUGGGGCGAUGGUGCCGCCGGCCGGCGCUAGGCGCCUCCCGCUCCCGGGAAGGAGCCCCCUCCUCAGCAUCCUUCUCUUGCUGCUGCUCUGCUCCGGCGGCGAGUGCCUGCCGCGCCGCCGGCCCGCGGGGCCGCCCGUGGUGCUGGUUCCAGGGGACUUAGGUAAUCAGUUGGAAGCAAAAUUAGAUAAGCCAUCAGUAGUGCACUAUCUCUGCUCUAAGAAGACCGACAGUUACUUUACACUGUGGCUGAACUUAGAAUUGCUCCUACCUGUCAUCAUUGACUGUUGGAUUGACAAUAUCAGGCUGGUGUAUAAUAGAACAAGCAAGGUAACAGAACCACCAGAUGGAGUGGAUAUCAGAGUCCCAGGUUUUGGGCAGACAUUUUCCUUGGAGUUCCUUGAUCCGAGUAAAAGGAGCGUUGGCAGUUACUUCUAUAUGCUGGUGCAAAGCUUGGUAGACUGGGGCUACAAACGUGAUGAAGAUGUAAGAGGAGCACCUUAUGACUGGCGAAAGGCACCAAAUGAGAAUGGAGAUUAUUUUGUGGCCCUUCGCAAGAUGAUAGAGUUGAUGUAUGAGCAGUAUGGAAGUCCUGUUGUCUUAAUUGCCCACAGCAUGGGUAAUAUGUACACCCUGUACUUCCUCAAUCAUCAGACUCAGGAAUGGAAAGACAAAUACAUAAAAGAUUAUGUGUCAUUAGGUGCUCCAUGGGGAGGAGUGGCCAAAACUCUCCGGGUACUGGCUUCAGGUGACAACAAUAGAAUACCAGUCAUCAGUUCACUCAAGAUUCGAGACCAGCAGAGAUCAGCUGUUUCCACGAAUUGGAUGCUCCCCUACAACUACACGUGGCCUCCAGACAAGGUCUUUGUAAGCACACCUACAGCUAACUACACCCUACGAGACUACAGGAAAUUCUACAGGGACAUUGACUUUGAAGAUGGCUGGCUCAUGAGACAAGACACUGAACCCUUGGUCUACCAGAUGACACCACCUGGUGUACGCAUACACUGUCUUUAUGGUACUGGUGUGGAAACACCCGAUUCCUUCCAUUAUGAAAGCUUUCCUGACAAAGAGCCCAAGAUUAUUUACAGUGAUGGGGAUGGUACAGUGAACUUACAGAGUGCCUUGCAAUGUCAAAAAUGGGUGGACAUGCAGGAACAGGAAGUGGUGAUAUUUGAGCUUUCAGGAAAUGAACACAUUCAAAUGCUAUCCAAUGAUACUACUAUUUCAUAUGUGAAAAAGCUGCUCUUCAGUUUGUGAUACGUUGUGUUGACAGUUGUUUUCAUCACCUGUGAUGCCUUCCCUUAAAUAUGGGAAAAUGCCUUCUGAUCCAUUGAUAUUUAGAUAUUUGAAUUAUUUAUUUUGUUUUUUUAAAAACUACGUUCAAGGAGUUGGUUGGUGUCCUAAAUAGUUGUUUGUCUCUGAUUUGUGUUCAUGAUGUUUCAUAGUAUUUUCAUAUUCUGAAAACUUGGUCAAAUAUGCGUUUUGGUGCCUCCAGUGUUGUGUCCAGUAUUCAUACAGACUUUCUUUUGGAGACUGUGCAGCCCAUUGCACAUGCUGUAUGAUUUUCUUUAUGUGGCCUUUGAAGGGUUGGGAGUGGGAGGGCUGGGAAGCAUUGCAGUCUGACUCCUAUAAAACAAGGGAUAUUAACAAUUUGAGAAGCCCAUGCAAAUUCUUUUCAAAGGGUCUCACAUAUUCUGAUCCACAGCCCAUUAACUUAGUCUGUAAAUGUAUGUAUCUACUAGGUAAGAUAGGUGGGAGGUCUGUCUGGUACUGUACUGUAUUUUUGUCAUAUCCACCCUUGCUUUUGUUAAGGCCUUUUGGGGAGGGGAACAAUGAUGUCUGAAUUAUUUUAAGCUUAUUUUAGGUACCUGAUAGCUUAAAAAAAAAAAAAAAGGUUUGCUUAUUGACUUUGAAAGCCUGAUGACUUAAAAUCUGGAGCCUAAGGGAUUUUCACACUGUUUUAUUUUCCAUGAGGGAAAGAAGCUGAACUGUGGUUAGUGGUUUGCAAUGCCCUUCCUUCUCUGUGUAGAGUAGCACAUAAAUUAAAGCUAAUAGAAUUGAAUACUGACAACCAAUGUAUGCAGUGCAGGAUUGCAAUUUUGGGUGAAAAAUGAUCUCCUGUAGUAGAAAUGGUAAUGGAUGGUGAGUAUUCAUUAAAAAUGAAGUGACCUUCCUGAAAUGGGGCAGGGAAUGGAAACCAGUGUAAUUCAGUAUGAAAUAUAAACCUUGUUCUCAGUCAAAUAAUUAAGCUCCAGUUCAGUUACUGGCCAAGUAGUGAUUGGAUCAACAUUGCAUUCAGUUGGAAAGGAACUUUAAAUUUUAUAACUAAAAUUCACUUCCCGUAGAUUACAAGUUUGCUUAUUGCUUUUUCAAGAAGUUGAGAUAUACUGUUCCUUAAAUGUGUAGAUAAUUGCUGAACGUGUAACUGUUAAACUCCUACAGUAUUGUGUUUUCAAUGCUUAGAAAAAAAUUUCAGCUUUGAACUCCACAAAAGUAAUUGUCUAAGGGCCAUGGCACGUACAACCAUGGAAUAAAUAAUUCCACUGGAAGAUUCUCUUUUGCUUGCUACAAAACUAGUCACUCAGUUAGAUUGCACUUCUUUUUCUGAAAAGAACUUUGAAUGCUUUCAAAAUGCUAGGUCCUCCAGGAAAAACGGCUGAAGAAUUUCAGAAAUUCAUCAGAAAUGUUGAGAAUUCAUUACUUAAGGAACUGAAGUUCUCUGAAAGGUAAAAUUGUAACUAUUUUGGUAAAAUGCUCGCUCCCAUCACAUGUAAGACUAAGGUAUUUUGAAAUGACAGGCUUGAACUCAUAUUGUAGAAUGCAAAUACUUUGGCACAGGAGGUAGCCUUAAAGCUUUAAAUUGUAAUUCAGAAAUCAUUUGUAAAUCUAAAACAGUUCAAGCUAGAGUCAUAGAUAAGCUCAAUAUCUUCCUAGGUUUUAAACUGCUUAUUUAGCUUUGCUUUCUCCCUGCGUAUUGUUGUAACUGAGGGUGAAGACGCAUUUUCCUGAUGCUUAAGAAGGAAUUGUUUAUCAUGUCAUCAGUUGCCCAGUUCAGCACCUAUAUUGUCUAGACUUUCCUAGAAUAAUAACUGCUGUCUCAAGCCACUUUGUAAUUGGUUACUGCUGAAAUGAAGAGGGUUGCAGGGAAGGCACACAAGUCCUUUAGCCAAGAGUUUCUAUGUUGUGCAGGGCUGUCAGCUGUGUGUUCCAAGACUGCUCAAAGACAAAGCUCUUCCUGUGGUCUGACUCGAUUUUUGAAUAAAUUGCUGUACUACUGGCUUGCAACAGAAAGAAAUUACUGACAACAGCCUUUCUACAGUCUUUCUUGCUGAAGAAGAAGGCCUGUCAAUAAGCACUCAGUAGAGCUGAAAGCCUUAUUGGGGGCCACCAACAUGGGCAUAAAGGGCUGAAAGAUGAGAAGAGCAUAAGCAGUUCUUAACCUGAUCUGGAAAAUGUUUCUAAGCUUCGUUUAGAUCCUUACCAAUUUAGCCAGUCACGCUCUCGGUCUCAAACAAAGAGUUUAGCAUGAAGAUCCAAAACAGGUCAUUCCAAAAGAUGCUUUUUAAAAUUUUAAUAUUUGGGGGUUGGGGAAGAACACAAAAAAGAAACAUUCUUUUCUAAUUUUGGGAAUCUUGUACUGUUUGAGAUCAGUUAACUACAUCUUUUUACCUGAAGGCUUGUGGACAAUUAAUCUAUAUUUAUCCUUAGCUGUCCAUGAGGAGGUAAGCUCUAUAGUCUGUGUCUGUUUACACUUGUGUCUGUUAUCCUGAUAAAAUGAAAGUUUUUUUCAGGUCUUGCUUUUGUCUUUUGUUUGUUACUAUAAAACCAUUUUGUCUGAGAAUGUGCAUAUUGUUAGUGCAAGCACAGUGCUUCUGGUGAGAGUUUGACCUGAUAAAUCCACAGACUAUAGUUUUGUUUUACAUCCACAACUUGAGAUUUUUUUCUACUAAACCAUCUUCAGCCUCUUCAUUUUCAAUUUCCUGCAUAUUAGGAUGGAGUUCUCACUGUAAAGGGAAUGCAGCAAGUAGCUGACAUUAUUCUAGUCACUGAAACUGAACCACUCUACUCAGCCCUUUGAGAAGUGCUUACCAGGUCACCGAGGCAUUCCUCUAAAAGGCAGGAGUAUUUAGCAUUACUUUACAGGCCUGCCAGAGCCGUAUGUGCUUAGGCAUUAUAGAAUUUUGUGGGGAAUGAGUGUUCUGAUGCAUUAUAUCAUUAAGGAAAGAGGGACAUGUACCAGUUACUUACAAGGAGUAAUUCAGGUGCUUUGCCAGGCUGCACAGGUUGACAUCUUUGAAUUUACUGACAUGUCUUUGUUGUACCUGGCACAUGUGGAUCAUAUCUCUCUUUCCAUAACUUUCAGUUGGUUUUAUUCUUCCAGAAUAUUUUUAGAAACCAAAAAUAGUCUUGAGGACCAAAUGUGUUUCAUUUUUGACUAAAUGUACAGAAAAUGCUGAAGGGGCUUUUAUGGUAAUACUUCUGAAGAGGCUCAGAGUCACUAUGUGAUUCUGUUUAAAAGCAGAAGGCUUCAAUAACUAGCAAUAAUUGCAAAGGACUUGCAGACCAAAGGAAGGAAUGUUUGGUAUUAAGGUAGUUCUUGGAACACAGUGUGUUCAAGGCCCUCUUAAAUUCAGGGAAUGUUUGGCAAAGACUUUGCUGCUCUACGUUUAACAGUAUUUUGUAAGGAACAUAUAUUCUGAGACCUAGCAUUUUAUAUGCCCUUUUUGUGUAUGAAUGCGGUCAAUAGAUUUUGAAUAUUUUAUUGUCCUACUUUGAUAACAUAAUAAAGUUGAUCUAACAGAA